CUGAACUCCCACCCUGCAACUUGCAGUAGAGCCUCUCUUAAUACAUCUCCAAUGAACUGAUUGACCAGCUUAACCAGUGCACCCAGCGUCCAUUGCUCCCAUUGCAUACCCCUCCCCCCGCAGUGUCAUUUCAAAAGCCAGAUAAAAGCCAAAUGAGGAGGCAGGGAAAAGAGUGUACAACGUAGCCGUUCUGAAAACCACCCUCCAUUUCAUACUGCAGCCGGGAGGUUACACCCAGGCAUCACAAUAGCUUCUCUCCUCACAGAAAAUUAACUGGUGCAGUUCCUGAGGUCCUGUGAAUUCAACUGACAAGACAGAUGGGGAAACUGAAGCUUCGAGCUUUUGACUAAUUUCCCAAGUCCACACAGGUGCCGAGAUAUUUUCUGACUACUUUCUUAGACUUGAGUACUGGGAGAAGCACUUGGCUUGGAGUUAUCCAAAAUACGGCGAGGACAGAGACAUUGCAGAUAUAUGUCCAUUCUUUCUCAUGAAGCACCAUCCUUAAUGACCUUUAGAAGACCUCCUGUACCAGACCUUUGCUUCUGAGACAAGCAAUUAACAGCCAUACAGAUUGCACAAGUGUUGACACUGUCUUCUGGGUGGAGCAUUAGAACAACUGGUGUAUUUCCUCAUUCUCCACUUUGCAAGGUCAUGGAAGAUCUAGAGGAAACAUUAUUUGAAGACUUUGAGAACUACUCCUAUUCCCUGGAAUAUUACUCCCCGGAGUCUGAUUUGGAGGAGAAGGCCCCCCUGGAAGCUGUCCACUGGAUUUCCCUGGUGUUAUACUGUUUGGUAUUUGUUCUGGGUAUUCCUGGAAAUGCCAUUGUCAUUUGGUUCACGGGUUUCAAGUGGAAGAAGACAGUUACCACUCUCUGGUUCCUAAAUCUAGCUGUUGCGGAUUUCAUUUUUCUCCUCUUCCUGCCCCUGCAUAUCUCCUAUGUGGCCAUGAAUUUCCACUGGUCCUUUGGCCUCUGGUUGUGCAAGGCCAAUUCCUUCAUUGCCCAGUUGAACAUGUUUGCCAGUGUUUUUUUCCUGAUGGUUAUCAGCCUGGACCGCUACAUCCAAUUGAUCCAUCCUGUCGUAUCUCAUCGGCACCGAAUCCUAAGGAGCUCCCGGAUAGUUAUUACACUUGUUUGGCUCUUGGCUUCUCUCCUGGGUGGUCCUGCCCUAUACUUCCGGGACACUCUGGAGUUCAAUAACCACACUGUUUGCUAUAACAAUUUCCACAAGCAUGAUCGUGACCUCGCAUUGAUGAGGCACCAUGUUCUUACCUGGGUGAAAUUUAUUUUUGGGUAUCUCUUCCCUUUACUAACAAUGAGCAUUUGCUAUUUGUGUCUCAUCUUCAAGGUGAAGAAGCGAAGCAUCCUGGUCUCCAGUAAGUAUUCUUGGACCAUCCUGGCUGUAGUCAUGGCCUUUUUGAUUUGUUGGACUCCUUAUCACCUGUUUAGCAUUUGGGAGCUCACCAUUCACCACAGUAGCUAUUUCAACCAGGUGCUGGAGGCCGGAAUCCCCCUCUCUACUGCCUUAGCAUUCCUCAAUAGUUGCUUGAACCCCAUCCUUUAUGUCCUAAUUAGUAAGAAGUUCCAGGCACGCUUUCAGGCCUCGGUUGCUGAGAUACUUAAGUACACAUUGUGGGAAGUCAGCUGUUCUGGCACAGUGAGUGAACAGCUCAGGAACUCUGAAACCAAGAACCCGUGUCUCCUGGAAACAGCCCAGUGAAUUACUACUUGUCCACAAAUCAGUGUAAGGCUCUCCUGUGUGGGUCUCCUGACAGAUGCUUUCAAAUUAUUGGUUCCAAAUUAUACAGAGCUGACCAUAUCUUUUUGUUGUUGUUUUUGGUCAGUUUUAUUGGCAUCACAUUUUUGUGUGGAUGUAAAAGUUAGGAAAGAUCUUCAUUUUUUUUCCCCCCGGCAACUUAAAUUGUGUCAUUCUUGCGAGUUACACCACAGUGGAUUAAUCACCGCUAUUGAGUCAAUAUCAUUUAUAUUUUAAAAAUUGUAAUAACUUUUUAAAGUCCUAAAUGUUUAUAUUAAAUAUAUGAUUCACUCCUUUCAAAAAAAAUGGUAAAAUAAGUUUGCUUAAGCUCACUUUAAUUUUGCACAAGUCACCUGUUAGACAAAGUCUAAAAUGCAACACGUGUACUUCAUUUCUUUAUUUCAUGUAAUCUUUGUAUAUAUAUUUACGAAUUAAACUAAUAGUUGCUUGUAGUAAUUUAAACCAUUGUUCCAGUUGAUUAUUAAUACUUAGUAAACUGCCCCCAAAUCCAGUUGCUUAAAACCAUUUAUCACUAUUAUAGCUCAUAAUUCGGAGAGUCAGGAAUUCCAGCAAGGCACAGAAGGGAGAGUCCUCUCUCUGCUUCACAAUAUCUAGAGUCUCAGUGGGCUGGGAUGACCCAAAGGGCUGAGGUUUCCAACAGCUGACGGCUGGCUGACCAGCUCCCUUUCCUUCCCUCCUUUCUUCUCCCUAGCCCACCCCUCCCCAUCCUUCUUCUCUCCUCUGUUCCCUUCCCCCGACUCCCCUCUUCUUUCUUCUCCUCCCUUCUUUUCUCCUUUCUUCAUAUAUCUGUUGCAACAUGUCAUCUUAGGGUAGCUAGACUUCUUAUAGGGCAAUUUAGGGCUCUAAGGGCCCAAGGUGGACAUUUCUAGUCCUCUUAAAAGCUAUGCACAACACUGACACAGUAUCACUUCUGUUGUGGUCUGUUGGUCAAAGCCAUCACAGGCCAGUUCAGAUUCAAGAGGAGGGGGCAUAGACCCUCCCUCUCGACGGGGAUAUGUUCUCGUCUUUAUUCCUUCAUGAUAUCAAGGGAAAUAUAAAAGUUUUUGGAAAAUUCUGGGUAUGUGCAAGUAUGUAUAAGAUCGCUAUAAAUAUAAACACUGACAUUCAGGUAGUAGUAGCAGAUAGGCCAGCCCAAUUGCAGAAUGAUUUCAGGAAAAGAAAGCAUGUAUGACAUAUUAAUAUAUUUCCACCUUUUAUUCCUAUAACUAUAUAUAGACACCAGAAUAAGGCCAAAUAAAACCUACCUUUAAGUCAAGGCAAAUCUGUUGCAUUUUAGACUGUAAUAAUAUUUUGACCUCUAUUCAUUUAUCCCUUUAGCAAAUUGAUGAGUAUCUAAGAGGCAUUCCGAAUCAUGGUAGAUAGCUACUGUGAGGGAUACCAAGAUGCAUCCCUCUACUUACAGUUUAGAAAACGAGGUUAAACUUGCAUCGAAACAAUCCUAAAACAAAGUAGACAGUAAUAAGUGCCGUAAGAGGCAAGAGAAGUGUC